UGGACCGCCCCCCAGGCUCCAGCCAGGGCCGAGCCCGAACGGGGCGGGGCGAGGCCGUCACUCACUCGCCUUCUUCUCCAAUGGGCGGUGCCCCCGCCCGAAGGGGCGCGGCUUCGGCAGGCGGUGGGCGGGGUCUGGGCGUUUGAGGCUGAGCGGCGGCGUGGGAAAGCGCCUUAGAAGCGCUGCGGGCUGCUGGCGCGUAGGGACUCCGCUGCGCUGCGAGCCACGCGUCGGUUCGGUGCUCGCUCCCCGUCCGUGGCAGGGGCUGUGCUGCCGCCGCCAUGAAGCGGCCGUGCGAGGAAACUACCUCCGACAGCGACAUGGACGAGACCAUAGACGUGGGGAGCGAGAAUAAUUACUCGGGGCAAAGUAGUGGGUCUGUGAUUCGAUCAAAUUCCCCAACAACAACAUCUCAGAUUAUGGCCAGAAAAAAAAGAAGAGGGAUUAUAGAGAAAAGGCGCCGUGAUCGUAUAAAUAACAGUUUAUCUGAGUUGAGGCGGCUUGUGCCAACUGCUUUUGAAAAACAAGGAUCUGCAAAAUUAGAAAAAGCAGAAAUACUGCAAAUGACAGUGGAUCAUUUGAAGAUGCUCCAGGCAACAGGAGGUAAAGGUUAUUUUGAUGCUCAUGCACUGGCCAUGGAUUUCAUGAGCAUUGGAUUCCGAGAAUGUUUAACUGAAGUUGCAAGAUAUCUGAGCUCAGUGGAAGGUCUGGACACAUCUGAUCCGCUAAGAGUUAGACUUGUGUCUCAUCUCAGCUCUUGUGCAUCUCAAAGGGAAGCUGCUGCAAUGACCUCAUCCAUGGCUCAUCACCAUCAUCCCUUGCAUCCUCACCACUGGACAGCAGCAUUUCACCAUCUCCCUGCCGCUUUACUGCAGCAGAAUGGACUUCAUUCCUCUGACACCACUCCUUGUAGACUUUCAACAGCGUCGGAAGUGCCUCCUCAUGGCUCUGCUCUUCUCACGGCCACCUUUGCCCAUGCUGACUCCGCACUCAGAGUGCCCUCUGCUGGCAGUGUUGCUCCCUGUGUUCCACCUCUUUCUACCUCUCUUCUGUCGCUCUCUGCCACUGUACACGCUGCUGCUGCAGCUGCUCAGAGCUUCCCUCUGUCUUUCGCUGGAGCAUUCCCAAUGUUUCCACCUAGUGCAGCGGCAGCAGUGGCAGCUGCAACAGCAAUCAGCCCACCAUUAUGUGUAUCGGCAGCUUCCAGCCCUCAGCAAACUAGCAGUGGUGGAAAUAGUAAACCCUACCGACCUUGGGGGACUGAAGUUGGAGCUUUUUAAGACACACACACACACACACACACACGCGCCAUCUUUGGACUUCAUGCAGUACUAACUCAGGCUGGGUCUACAGUACCUGCCUGAAUCGGCGGGUAGAAAUUGACCUCUCGGGGAUCGAUUUAUCGCGUCCCAACGGGACGCGACAAUCGAUCCCCAAAUCGACGUUCUUACUCCACCAG